AUGCUCACCAGGUUCAUCACCGAGGUGAACACCAAGUUCAACCCCUUCUCGGCGGCCUCGCGCUCCACGCGCCUGUUCCUCGCGAACCUACCCGCCAACGCCCGUGCCAAUGGCGCCAUGAAGGUCACCACGAGCCUGCUGCCGCGGACGUCGACCGAGCCGCCCAUGCUUCUGAUCAAGUUCAAGGAUGGCAAGGAGAUGUCGCUUGACGGGGAGAAGCUGGGCAUCAAGGGGAUUGUCGAGGAGUGCGACCGGCAUUCGAGAACGCUGCAGAAGCAGGCCGACCUGAACGAGUAG